CUCCUUCUUCUGUUUUGCCACAAACAUGGCUGUGAUGGCUCAAGAGGCAGUCGACACUGGGACACCGAAGAUAAAGGCAAUAAGGGCCACCUCCUAGUAAUGGUAGGACAAGGACCCAGAUGACUUCACAAGGCCCUCUGUUAGUCUGCUUCCAGACUUCUAUACCAGAGGAGUCUCACCCACAUGCCCAGGGACCGACGCCUACGGAGGAUGCAGACUGCGAGAGGCGGCCACCAGGGAGCGGUCCAGCCUGGGAGGAUGCUGCGCUGCCGCCUCGGCGGGCGGGGCCAAGGGCAGAGCAGCCCAGCCGGUCACGUGGGCGCGGGUCUUUAGCCCCGCCCCCAUCUGCAGGCUCGGGUGACCUGCACCAGCAGCGCGGUCUGCGCACUCUGAAGCUCAACGCCAUGGGCUCUUGGACAAAGGGCAAGAGCUGUCUGGCGCCCGGCUUGCUGCAGAACUAUGCGGCCAUCGUCACUGGCGGGGGCACGGGCAUCGGAAAAGCCAUUGCCAAGGAGCUCCUGCACCUGGGGUGUAAUGUGGUCAUUGCAUCCCGUAACUUUGACAGACUAACAUCUGCUGCAGAGGAACUGAAAGCCACUCUGCCUCUCAGCAACAAGGCUCAAGUCACCCCCAUACAGUGCAACAUCAGAAAAGAAGAGGAGGUGAAUAAUUUGAUGAAAUCUACCUUAGCUCUUUAUGGUAAGAUCGAUUUCUUGGUAAACAAUGGUGGAGGCCAGUUCUUAUCUCCUGCUGAAAACAUCAGUUCAAAGGGAUGGCAUGCUGUGAUUGAAACCAACCUGACAGGCACCUUCUACAUGUGCAAAGCAGCUUACAAUUCCUGGAUGAAACAGCAUGGAGGAUCUAUCGUUAAUAUCAUCAUCCUUCUUCAUGGACAACCAUUAAUGGGUCACAGUGGAGCUGCGAGGGAAGGUGUUUACAAUCUCACCAAGUGCCUAGCUAUGGAGUGGGCGAGCAGUGGAGUAAGAAUCAACUGUGUUGCUCCUGGAACAAUUUAUUCCCAGACUGCUAUGGACAACUACGGUCAUAUGGGAGAAAACUUGUUUGCAAGAUCCUUUCAGAAAAUCCCAGCUAAACGAAUGGGAGUUCCUGAGGAGGUCUCCUCUCUGGUUUGCUUCCUGCUGUCACCUGCAGCUUCCUUUGUCACUGGACAGUUGGUGAAUGUGGACGGUGGCCAGGCUCUGUACUCUCAAGGCUAUGACAUACCAGAUCAUGACAACUGGCCUGAGGGAGUCGGUGAUCUUUCUACUGUCAAGAAGCUUAAGGAGUCUUUUAAGCAGAAAGCCAAGCUCUAAGCCAAAGAAACCACCACUGUGUUUUGUUCCAGAGUGCCUUAGCAUCUCCUGAAAUCACGUGUGUAUUUUAGAAGAGCUUGUAACUUUUAUGGGAAAAAAAAUCACUUCUGGUUUGUGAUGUGAUCAAUUGUAUCUAUGCAAAAACAUUUCCUUAAAUAUAUGCAUCUUUGGGUCCCAAACACCAUCUUUUAACAUGUUAAAGAAUAAUCUUGUAAGGGAUGGAGAUUAGCGUACUUAAAUGACCAUACUUAUUUCUAACAAAGGUAUGUGAAAAAUGAUAUAAUUUAAAUAAAAAAUAAUUAGAAAGAUUAUAACUUCUCAGAAGGUUUUAUUAACAAAAUAAUGGGAGAAAAUAUAUCUCAACUACGGGCCAGAAUUUAGCUCACUGGUGCAGCACCAGCCUGGCAAGCGUGAGGUCCAGAGUUUGAUUCCUGGUAACUGCACCACCCCCAAAAAUAUAUAUAUGUAUACAUACAUUCUUACAUAAUGGUGAUUAUUACAACUAGAGAUAUACAACAUCUUAUUUUGGUGAAAAAAUACUUUUGUAUCAAUAAACCCUUAUGGUAAUUAUCAA